AUGGACUUCGAAUCACUCCUAUUUGGAUUACAGAAGCUAAUUCAUGCACCAUCGGUUGCGGAAAUUGUGAAUCAAGGCAAUGCUGUCGAGGAAUAUAUCAAAAUGUUGGACCAAUUGGCAGUUCAUCUACGUUCGCCUGCGAACCGAGACAUCGUUCGAGAGAGCGGCCUUUUCCAACGGUUAUUGAGUGUUCUCGAAAUGUUGCUCGAUUCCGGGGAUUCGAAUGGUGAGAAGAAAGUGCUCAAGGUGAAUUUAAGCUCGGAACUGAUGCGUUGUAUCGCAAACUGCCUUGCGGAUAACGACAUCAAUAGAAGAGCGCUUGUUGGAGAGAGCAUCUAUUCUAAUCGCUUCCUCACCGUUCAAGUUCCGGGAAUACUAUUCUCACAUGGGUUGACGGAAAUCGAGAAAACUUUAAAAGCAAGAACGGUCGUCAUGAUCAGAAAUCUGUGCUUGGGAAAUGAAGAGUACACAGCCGAUUGUACUACUUACAUACCAAAUUCGUUAUUCGCACUGUUAGAGGAGCAGUAUCCUAAAUCCUUUGACGAAGAAUCUCUUGAAGAAGUUAUAAUGCCGCUAGACCUGCUUACAGAGCUUAUAAAAUUCUCCUACCAAAGGGUUUCUGUGAUACAGUUCGCGUUUUUGGUUGAAUUACUGAAACAUAUAUCCGUAUCUUUUGAGCCUGCACCUCAAGACAACACCAAUAAUAAUAAUACCGAGGGUAACCAAAAUGAAGAAGUAGAGGAGGAUGAUGCAUUUUCCGAUGCAGUUCUGCUACUAACAGAAAUCAUCGAAAUCAUCGUUUCACAGAACCAAAAACUUGAUUUUUCUGAUAGCAACUGCACGACACAUCUUGAGAAGAUCUUAUUCUCAAUUUUAGAGCAAUUAGAACCAAUAGAAUACUUGCAGAAUAAGCUUAUUAUUUUAAGACGUCUUUCAUCUACCCUUGGCCAUAUAUCUGCCAACAUUACGGCGGCAAACAUAGAAAUCCGCGAUAGCUGCAUUUCUGUCAUAAAAAACUCAUCAUCUAGCUAUUCGAUUGCCGCUGCAUUCAUUGCCUUGUCGAAUUCUAUUUCCUCAAGAAAGGAUGCAGAUGAUAUAUCAAAGAGUAUUACUCUGGACCAAAUUAUCGGAGCCUCAAAGAAACUUAGGGAUCCGAUGCAAUUCCAGGGCUUCCUGGAUCUCACCAAGAAGCUUCUCAACGCCUCCAAUGCCAUAGAGCUCCAAGAACAAGAUGCUUUGGCACUUUUUUCGGUGUUAAAGAUGUGCCAAGAUCAAUGCAAAUAUUAUCAAAACCUCACCCCUUUGGUGGGCGCCGCUCUUCGCAAGUUAAUUGCGGUUUUCCCAGGAUCCAUGCUCCGCAAAGCUUAUGAAUUUGACCUGAAAUCCAUAGUUCUAGAUCAUGGUGGAAUUGCAGUGUGCCUGCUCAUCGACAAGCUUUCAUUGCAAAAGAAUGUGAGUAAUGUAACAUUUGAGGAAUUGUGGUCUACGGCAUUCAAAUUCAAAGAUUCCUCGGUCACAAGUCAAGGCGUUUCAUCUGAAUUCUUGUUUCAGUUUACAAAAUCUCUGGGAUUGUAUCUUCGUCCACUUAAGGAUGGAGAAUACAACAUUGUUUUUGCAAAACAUUCUUCAGAGCUAAAUACUCUACUUGAAACUGUUUUACAGUUGAGAAACAAAUCUGACACCGCAAGCCAAAGCAUUUGGAACAAUGGCAGAUUCGUCGCAGGAAUGAUAAUCAACUUACAGAAGGGACAACAUCUUACAGCAGUCGAAUCAAAACUUCAAGAUGUAGCCAAGCAGUUCUUCGAACAGGACUAG